AUGGAGCUUCAGAUUUGGCCUGGUUUGGUUUCCCUCUUGGAAAAGCUGAAUGUUUGGAUGCUUUUGGUGGCUCUGGUCACAUUUCUUUUGAUUAUUGACCUUGUGAAAAAGAGACGACCCAGGAAUUUCCCUCCAGGCCCACAGCUCUUUCCUCUUGUGGGAACCAUUGUGGACCUUAGGCAGCCCCUUCAUCUUGUGCUGCUGAAGCUUACUGCUCGGUACGGGAACAUCUUCAGCGUGCAGUUUGGAAGCCUGACUUUUGUGGUAGUCAACGGGUACCAGAUGGUGAGAGAAGCUUUUGUCCACCAGGCUGAAAUAUUUACAGAUCGGCCAAGUAUUCCACUCCUCCAAGAAAUAUUUAGAGGCUUUGGGCUCAUAUCAUCAAAUGGGCAUAUUUGGAGGCAACAGAGAAAGUUUACUUUAGCAACACUGAAAAGCCUUGCUGUAAGUUUUGAGGAAAAAGUGCAAGAGGAGAGCCGGUACCUUGUGGAGACGAUUGAGGAGGAGAAAGGCCAGCCAUUUGACCCUCAUUAUAAAAUUAAUAGCGCUGUUUCGAACAUCAUCUGUUCCAUAACUUUUGGGAACCGCUUCGACUACCAUGACAACCGUUUCCAGGAAUUGCUGCACUCACUGGCUGAAACGCUGCUGCUCAUCGGAAGUUUCUGGGGCCAGCUGUAUAAUGCUUUUCCUUUCAUCAUGAGACGGCUGCCAGGACCCUUUAGGAAAAUCUUCAAGCACUGGGAGAAACUUCAGUAUUUUGUGAAAGGAGUGAUUGCAAAGCACAAGGAGGAUUUGGACCAGUCCGAGGCAAGAGAUUAUAUUGACUGUUACCUGAAGGAAAUUGAAAAGUCUAAGGGUGACACCAGCUCAUAUUUCCAUGAGGAAAACCUGCUGUGCUCCACCUUGGACCUCUUCUUAACUGGGACCGAGACAACGGCAACCGCCAUCCGCUGGGCUCUGCUCUACAUGGCCACAUACCCCCACAUUCAGGAAAAAGUGCAACUUGAAAUCGACACGGUGAUCGGCCAAUCCCGCCAACCCACGAUGGCCGACAAGGAGAACAUGCCUUACACCAGUGCGGUGCUGAGCGAGGUCCUGAGGAUGAGCAAUGUUGUGCCCCUGGGGGUGCCCAGGAUGUCCACCAGCGACACCACCCUGGCAGGCUUCCACCUGCCCAAAGGCACCACCGUGAUGACCAGCCUGACUUCAAUAAUGUUCGACAAAAACGUGUGGGAGACUCCAGACACCUUUAAUCCUGAACAUUUCCUGGAUAACGGCCAGUACAGGAGGCGGGAGGCUUUUCUGCCCUUCUCUGCAGGUAAGCGUGCUUGUCCCGCGGAGCAGCUCGCGAGGACCGAGCUCUUCAUCUUCUUCACAGCCCUCCUGCAGAAGUUCACCUUCCAGGCACCAGCGGCUGCCACACUGACCUUCGCCUUCACACUCAGCCUCACGCGCUGCCCCAAGCCCUUCCAGAUCUGUGCACUGCCUCGUGAUUAAACCCGGCCUGGGGCUGCCCUGUGACCCCCUGCUUCCCAAAGUGUCCCUAUCUGCCCCGUAGAUUUGGGGCUGGAAUGAUGAGCCACAGAUGUCUAGCACCCACCAACAUGUGGGUGGCAGUGAGAAGAGCAAAUUGUAGAGAAUUUUUCCAUUUAGCAACCCGAGCAUUAACGCUUAGAAAUGCAGUUUCCUGUGUGCUUAUGUUUGGAAUAUAGGCAUAGCAAAAAUUGCUUUUUUUCCCUCUUCUCACUUUCCAAAAGUGACUUUUUUCUGGGCACUCACAUAGGAUUCUGAAUAGUUAACAGGAAGAGGAUUAAAUACAGUUCCGUUUCCUCUGGCUUCAGCCUCCAUCUCUGGCAACAACCGCCUUUGCUGCGCCACAAAGCAAUCACUGUGCAGUGGCGGAUUUAUGCCACAUGGGAGAGUCCUUUGCAUAUCACAUCCGUGCUACGCCGGGCACUCGGGAUUUUGUCAAUGAGCUGCUGCCCUUCUAACUGGUCACUUUAAUCCUACUGCAGUUUGAAUUCACGGUUCGCAGUUACAGGCUCCUGUGGUUGGGGUUUUUCUCUCUAAAUGAGAAAAUACAAAAGAUCUGUGGGCUUUUUUCACCUGUGAAGUUUUCAAAUCCGUUCAGGACUAGGCACUGGUUUCUCUUCACUCUGGCAUAGAUCUAACCUCUGGUUUGACACUACAGCUUGUAUUAUUUGCACUGGUUUAGCAAAUAAAUGUUGAUCUCUUCCCUCUUCCA